GGAAGUUCUUGCCCGUGUGUGUUUUGGUUCUAAGGGUGCAGUUGCGAGAAAAGGGAAGAAGGAGACGUGAUCGCAUCUGGUUUAUUUUGUUUAUUUAUAAAGCAAUACAGCACUUGCAAUCCUCAAUAAUCGUACUGGGACCCCGCAUAGAAAAACCGUUUACGUGCAAUUGUGCCUGAACGUCAGUUUUGUUUCUGAGAAGAAAAAGAAGACUGUUUGAAAACUCAGAGCAGGAGACUGCUGUUUAGGUCAUGGCAAGUCGGGGAGGGGCAACUAGACCCAAUGGCCAAAACACUGGCAAUAAGAUCUGUCAGUUUAAACUAGUUCUUCUUGGAGAGUCUGCAGUUGGAAAGUCCAGUUUAGUGCUUCGUUUUGUGAAGGGACAAUUCCAUGAGUUCCAAGAAAGUACAAUAGGAGCUGCUUUCCUAACUCAGACUGUUUGUCUCGAUGACACAACAGUGAAGUUUGAGAUAUGGGAUACAGCUGGACAAGAACGUUACCACAGUUUAGCACCAAUGUACUACAGAGGAGCACAGGCUGCUAUAGUUGUAUAUGACAUUACAAAUGAAGAGUCAUUUGCAAGAGCAAAGAACUGGGUAAAAGAACUUCAAAGGCAAGCUAGUCCCGCUAUUGUAAUAGCUUUGGCUGGCAACAAGGCUGACCUUGCUAAUAAGAGAGCUGUUGAUUUCCAGGAAGCACAGUCGUAUGCCGAUGACAACAGUUUGCUGUUUAUGGAAACAUCAGCAAAGACUUCAAUGAAUGUGAAUGAAAUAUUUAUGGCAAUAGCAAAGAGAUUGCCCAAAAAUGAACCACAGAGUACAGCAGCAAACAGUGGGAGAAACCAAGGAGUAGACCUUACUGAGACUGCUCAACAAAGCAAGAGCCAGUGCUGUAGUAACUAACGUUGGAGUCUUAUUACAAAUUGCAUCUCAAAUAAGUCGCUUCCUAAUUGUGAAUAACAAAGGAAUAUGGGUGUUUUAACUUGUCCCGAAUUACACCCAGAAUAGCUAAAAGACUGUGUAGCUGCAUUUCUAAUACAAAGUUUAUUUUAUGUCUUUUGAAUUUUUAUUUAAAAAAAAUUACUUCAGAGAUAUGGAUGCAUGUAUCACUACAAGGCCAAAAUAUAAACUUUUAGCAUUAUUCAUCAGCAGAAAAGAUAACCAACUUUUAAUGCUGAAAUGGACAUACCUGUCUGAUUUAAGAGGGAUGCUGGUUUGAUGUUCCCUUCUGCUUGACUGCUACGAUUCAUUAGUGGCAUAGGAAAUGGUCGCCACAUGACUUCUCAACAAACUAAAUGGUAGCAGUGAGAGAAAGCCGCCCAUUCCUAGGUCCUUGGGUCAUGCCUGCUUCUAGCUAUUCUGGUGGCAUUGUGCAAUUGUGCAGUAUUUCUGCAGUGGCUAGUGCCUGCAAGGACCCUCAUCAAAACCAUGCAUUCCUUUUAUAAUAAUUGUAAAGUUUAGUUAAGUAAAAUAAUAAUUGCAUCAGUACUAUGGGGUUAUUUGCAAAUAGGAAAUCAACAUUCAGUUUACUCACAUUACAACUGGAAAAAGGAAAAUCUGACCUAAUUUUAAUCAUGGUUUAAUAGACCUGAGACCACAUUUGAUGAAUUAAUAGUUGGGAAGGGUUAUUUCUCAUUUCAAAUGGUUUUUUUUUUUUUUUUUUUUUUGUGCUAACAGUAUGACUCAUUUUCACAUAUUUAAUUGUUUUGGGAACCAGCUGUUAAUAUUUCGGCAGAUCUUUUUAAACAUAUACACCAUGCCUUGCACUAAAAUGCUCAUGAAUAUUAAUUUUCAUUGUUACAGCUGGCUUGGUAAAAAUAACUUUUUGUAAAUAUGGUGUUACAGUGUGGUCUACCUUUUAAAUAUACCAUGUAUUGGACUAAUGCCUGCUAGGGAGAUGUUUAGAUAACCAUAUAAUAUGUACAGUAACUGAAUCGGUUCUAUAAAGGGUUUGGAGUUUUUCACAAAUGGUAAAUUCUAAUCAAUGUUGGUCUUUAUAAAUGUAUGUAGUGUUAACAUUGGCAUUUAAACUUGCAUUUCUUUAGUGGUUCGUCUUGUACUUUCUCAAAUUAAUUAUGUCUCAAUUUAUAUUUUUAGCAUUUCUUUUGCAUUGCACUAAUGAUUUUAGUGGCAAGUCAAUGAUUUCCCCAUGCAAUAUUAUACCUUAUAAUAAUAAUAAUAAUAAAAAUCGUAAACUAUAUUGGGGUAGUAAUUCAACUGCUUAAUUUAGACAGAUAGCUGAACUGUUUGAUAAACUGACUGACUUGACAUUUAACAACAUUGUGAACAUGUAACGAAAAGGUCUGAUCGGUUAUAUUGUGCAGGUGCUACUAUAUGAAUAAGUUAAUAAACAGAUGUUGUAUACUGUGUGUGAACAUUUAAUGCAGCUGCAAGCUAAAUGCAAAUCAUUUGCAGUGCUGGUUAUUACCAAAUAAAGAUAAAGAAUACA